AUGAAAGUUACCAUACCAGAGGAAGUUAAAAAACAAAUACCCGCUGGAUCAAAAGCAGUUUAUCAGGAAGGUAGUUCUUUUGAAUUCAGAUUAAAGAUACAUUUAUUGAACGAUAAACUUCCAUUCCUCGAUACCAACCAUGAAUUACAUAAAAUUUACAAAUUUUUGGUCAAUAAUCCAAGUUAUUACCUUUAUAACAAUGAUAAACAAGCCGUUCCUUCUUUAUUGCACGAAUUGUAUGAUCAUAUUUUCCUAGAUGAUAAAGAUAACCUUGAUAAAAGAAUAAAACCCGAUGAAAAUGUAAUUGAAGGAUACUCCGAUUCUGAUUAA